UAGUCUAGUCUGUGUAUUAUGGUCUGUCUUUAUUUAUUUCUACCGGCUAUUUGAGCUAUUUCCCAAGUAAUUACUAUACUUUGUGUUUCCCAUAACGUAUCCUAUAUCCGGAAAAAUCUGUUUAGGAACGGCCUAAAAAAACACGAUCGUAGAUUAUUUUGGUACAUUAACAGCGAGACUUAAACUGUUGACUCUAAUUUGUAAGUUUGAAUACGAUGGAUGACGAAUUGAAAGAGUUGAAGUCGUUGUUGCGGUCGCUGGUGGUGUCGAGCCGUACUCAGAUGGACGUCCGCACCUUGAUGCGCGACUACCGGAACAUGGUGGGCUCGCCCAUGCCGCUCGCCAAGUAUGGUCACACAGACCCCGUGGCUUUCCUGAAAGAGCACUUCGAUGAUUGUUUCGAGAUGACGGGGCCAUCGUCUAACCCAGUACUCACUCUGAUUGUACCAGGCUCGUUAAAACACAUCGAUCAGUUAAUACGGAGACAGAAAGCCUUACCUUCUACUGCUAAAUUCCACAGAAAUCCAAUGAUUCCAGAAUCUGCAGUGAAUAAACAAAAUCCCAUUUUAAAGACAUUUGUCAAAGACACACAAGCUGUCCUCAAAGAACCUGAACCAUCAGUGGUGGAACCUCCUGAUGUUGUUGCUGACGCCAGCCACAACAAACAGAGUGUUGUCAAUCAUCAAGUCACCAGUAUAGAAUUCAGGAACUCCCUCCAGAAACGCCUUGCACUUUACAGAAGACUACGUAACGUAGAAGAGCCUUCUGCAGAGAGAGAAGUAACAACAUCUCCGUGUCAAAAUGAUGAUUCAGGAAACCAGACAUCAUCCAGUAGCAGCGACACCAGGGUUCUAGAGCUAGAGGAGCUGAAGUCGGAGAUCAUGGAGCUGAUCAGAGCAGCUCCGUGCGGCUUGUGGUGCGCCGACCUGUUACGUCUCUACAGGAAUCGCUUCGACCGCGAAAUGAACUUCACACGGUUCGGAUACAUGAGCCUGAUCGAGGUGGUGUCCACGAUGGUGGCUCGCGUGGUGAUCACGCGGCCCGAGGUCGACGGCGACUGGUACCUGAGGAAGCGCGGCUUCGGGCAGCUGCCGCCCCCGCUCCGCCCCGCCCGCGCCUCGCCGCCGCCGGACCCCGACGAUGCGCUGCCCGGCAUCGGCUAUGACGCGGACGUGUUCCCGGCGGACUGCCUGCACUUCACGGAGAACAUCCCGACGCAGUCGCUGAGCGACGUGCUCCCCGGCGCCAUGGUGGAGGUCACCGUGAGCGAGGUGUACUCGCCCUCGCACUUUUGGCUCUUCCGCCUCGGCAACCAGUACCACAUCGCCAUGGAUAACAUGAUGGACGCGAUGACGGAGUACUACAACGGGGAGGGCCGCUCGCGGUGGCUGGCGCGCGGCGCCGUGCGCGUGGGGCAAUACUGCAGCUCGCUGUACGAGGGCGACUGGCACCGCUCGCUCAUCGUCAAGAUCCUCGACAGCGACACCGUCAAGGUGCGGCACGUGGACUACGGCACGGUGGACAAGGUGGCGGUGAACGCGCUGCGGCCGCUGCGGCGCGAGUAUGCGCGGCUGCCGGCGCAGGCGGUGCGCGCGCGGCUGGCGGGGCUGCGCCCCUGCGCGGGCGGGCAGCGCUGGCCGCCCUCGGCCGCCGUCGCCUUCCUGCGCCUCGUGACGGACAGGCCGCUGGUCGCCAACAUCGUCGCCGUCGACAGAGAGGAGGACAUAAUCGAGACCCUGCUAAUCGAAACGUCGACUGCGGUGGACCGCAACCUGAGCGCCGAGCUGAUCCGCACCGGACACGCGGACAAGCGGCCCGACUCCGCGCUGCGGUCGGCGGAGAGCUACCUGAAGCCGAGCUUCGAGGCGCUGGAGACCGGCGCCACGCCCAACCUGGGGGAGAUACACGAGUACCUGCGCGACGGCAUCCUCCUCGAGUGCGUGGCCGCGUACCGGCAGCACGUGCUCGCCUGCGUGCCGGCCUCCGACUCCUCCGCCAGCGACCACCCGCCCGAUGCCUCCCUUCCCCCGCCUUCGUCGCCAACUGAGCUCUCCUCACCCCAGGUCACGUCUCAGAGACCUCUAUGUCCGCCGGCCGCACCGCCCGCCUUGUCGCCCAAACACUCAGGGCCCUCCGAGGCAAAGGCGCAAAGGCAGACAGAGUGCCGGCCGCAGUCAAUAGUACACCCGCAGCUGGCGGGCCCUCACGCGCCGCCCGGCAUGGUGUCGCCGGCCCAGCCAGGCCCAUACAUGCCGCGCGGCGUGGUGUCUCCGGCCCAGCGGGGCCCGUACUGGCCGCCCGGCGUGGUGGCGCCGGCCCAGCCGGGUCAGCGGGGCCCGUACGGGCCACCCGGCGCGGUGGCGCCGGCCCAGCCGGGCCCGUACAUGCCGCGCUGCAUGGUGUCGCCGGCCCAGCCGAGCCCGUACAGGCCGCCCGGCGUGGUGGCGCCGGCCCAGCCGAGCCCGUACGCGCUGCCCGGCGAGAUGGCGCCGGCCCAGCCGGGCCCGUACGGGCCGCCCGGCGAGAUGGCGCCGGCACAGCCGGGCCCGUACUGGCCCCCUGGCGAGGUGGCGCCGGCCCAGCCGGGCCCGUACGGGCCGCCCGGAGAGGUGGCGCCGGCCCAGCCGGGCCCAUACGGGCCGCCCGGCGUGGUGACGCUGAGCCGGGCCGAGUGCGACAAGUACUUCAGGCUGCUGUAUGAGAACCCGAUGGCCGCGCACUGGUACAUGGUGCGCGUGCUUGACUUCGCAAUGCGCCGCUGUUCCCAUUCCCACCACCCAGGAUUUAAUAAUAAUAAUUAAAGGAGCAGGGCUUCAUCAGCUUCGUGAAGGACCCUCGCACGCUUGAGAUAACAGAUGUGAUGCUCAGCAUAGAAAGAUUUGGCACCGAUCACAAACCACAUGAACUAAGCGAAUAUGAUUUGUUUAAGUAGAUUUAGGAAUGGACGUUUUGAUUUGCUACAGCUAGGAUUACCACCUUUUUUUUUGAACAUGUUUUUUUGAUUACAUUUAUGUUUUUUGAUAAAACUUAGGUGCUACAGUUGUAUACUUUAUGAUAAAUA